UCAUGUAAUUAUGUGAUUAAUACUGUGGGCUUGUGUGUAACCUUUAUAGCAAGUGAAGUGAAGAUAGCUUGGCCGGUAAUCUCUUAGCAAAGGACAGAACAGGCUGAACCUUGUUAAUGUUUAAUAGAUGUGUCAGCUGACUCUCUUCGAUCUACUGAAUAUAAUGAUGAACUUUCUGCCCAACUGCACCAGAGGAUAUUAAUGGCUGUAGAGAUGCGUGGGAUCUUUGCUAGUUGUGCACUUACAGCACUGCUGCUGGCUGCAGCCUCUGCAGACCACCACCACCACCACCACCAUGAUGGCUCUGAUCACAGCCAUGAGGGAGAAAUGAUUUGCCACAAGCUUUCGUCUCCCAAUGCUGACUUUGCCUUUGCCCUCUACAAAAACCUGAAUGCUAAGGCUGCUGCUGGAAAGAACAUCUUCUACUCGCCGCUGGGCAUCUCCACUGCCCUGUCCGUGCUGUCUACAGGGGCUCAUGGUGAAACCCACAGCCAGCUGUUCUCCAGCUUGGAAUACAGCACCUUAAACCAGACUCAGGUCAACGAAGCGUACGAGCAUCUUUUCGACAUGCAUGGACACAGCCAUGAGAAUCAGCAGCUGGAUGUUGGUAACACUGUGGCCCUACGCUCUGGUUUCAAUACUCUGGAGAAGUUCCUGAAGGAUGUCAAGCACCACUACUCUGGUGAGGUCCUCAACGUCAGCUUUACAAAUCCCGCUGAGGCUGCAGCUGAGAUCAACAGAUUCAUUGCUAAUAAAACCCACGACAAGAUCAAAGAUAUGGUGAAGGACCUGGACCCUGAUAUGGCCAUGAUGCUGAUCAACUAUGUAUACUUUAAAGGAGAGUGGAAAAAUCCCUUCAAUAGUCGCAUGACCCGCAUGAUGGACUUCUAUGUGGACAAGACCACCACAGUUCAGGUGGACAUGAUGUUGAGGACAGCUUUCUAUGACACCUACUGGGAUGUUGACAACCACACCAUCGCCGUCAUGGUGCCCUACAAGGGCAACAUCUCCAUGAUGAUCGUCCUGCCUGAUGAAGGCAAGAUGGCGGAGGUGGAGCGCAUCAUGAACAAGGACUACAUCAAGCACUGUCGAAACUCAGUCUCUAUGGAAUAUGUGGAUCUGUUCCUUCCAAUGUUUUCCAUCUCUGCUGAUAAUCCUCUGGAAAACACACUGAAAGAAAUGGGCAUAACCGACGCUUUUGAGGACAAGGCUGAUUUCUCUGGCAUUUCUGAUGAGGUCAUGCUCAAAGUCUCAAAGGUGUCCCACAAGGCCAUGCUGAGUGUCACUGAAAUGGGAACAGAGGCAGCAGCCAACACCAUUAAUGAGCCAGUAUUCAUCGGUUUUGCGAGAACAGUAAGAAUGGACAGACCCUUCUGGGUCUUCAUCCUGGAGAACUCCACUGAGAGCAUCCUCUUCAUGGGCAAGAUCAGCAACCCCACAGCCAUGUAGAGGCACAAGCUAAAAAAAUGAUAAAUCACGGUCACAGGUCUCAGAAGGGAAUUGUUGACGUAAAUGAGAAGUACAGAGCUGCAACAGUCAGUCUAUUCAUCGAUCAGACGAUCGACAGAUAAUCAAUUGGCAACUAUUUUGAUAAUUGAUGAAUCUUUUCAGUCAUCUUUCAAGCAAAAACUCUAAACAUUUGAUGGUUUCGGGUUCUCAAAUGGGAGAAUUUGGACUUGGUAAAUGGACUUGCAUUUAUAUAGCGCUUUUCUAGUCUUCCGACCACUCAAAGCUCUUUACACUACAUGUCAGCAUUCACCCAUUCACACACUGGUGGCAGAGGCUGCUAAGGUGCCAACUUUGCCCAUCAGGAUCUAAUCUAAAUACUCAUUCAGACACCAAUGGCUAUGCCUUCUGGAAUUUGGGGUUAAGUGUCUUGCUCAAGGACACAUCGACAUAUGACCAGGCUGCUCCAGGGAUCUAACCACCGACCUUCCGAUUGGUGGACUACCUGCUCUAUCCUCUGAGCCACAGUCGCCCUGUUCGCUGCUUUCAUUUGUCUUACAUUAGUAAAAGUAAACUGAAUAUCUUUAAGUUUGGAUUAGUUGGUCGCACAAGACAUUUGAUAACAUUUUCAGCUCUAGAAAAUUGUGAUGAACAUUUUUCACUGUCUUCUGAUAUUUUAUAGACCAAAUGAUUAAUCGAUAAUAGAAAUAAUUGUGAGUUGCAGCCCUAAUUAGCAGCUGUUGGAGUGAUUCUGCAUUUGAGCAUGUACACGCUUUUACUUUGAAAAGAUAAUAAAGGAGUGACCUGAAAAUAGAAAAAAGUGA